AGCAAAAUUUCUGCUGUGCUGCUUUACUGUCCACAUUGAUGAAUUACUUAUGUAUGUUUAAGUGAUGGAAUUGGAUGCCGUCUGCGUACUGUAAGGUUUAGUAACUAUUUAAAAGUUUUCAAAAUAAUAAUAAUCAAGUUUUUAUACGAUUAAUGAAAACCAGACAUCCUGUCAUUCACUGAGCCCCUUUUACUUGUAUUCUCAACUGCCUUCAAAGCUGUGUGUUUAAGUGCUGAGAUGUUUUUGUAGAUGGUUAUAAUGUCUGAUAAACGCGGCAAUCGUAAUGGUAAUGUCUAUGCAAAGUAUUUUACUAGAAGCUGUUUUAGUUGUUUGUUAGUGGUCUUCUAUUAAAAAUAUAUCAUUUGUAUUAGAAGUAGAGGGAGCCUGAAAAUAAUUAGCUUUGAAUUAAAAAUAAAUAAAGGUUUUAAUGUUUUUUUGUGUCUGCCUUACUCCGGAUUUAAAUAUUACGUAUACGCCAUGGAAGGCAACUUCAAAUGAAUGGUGUAAUGUAUUUAUAUGUAGGACGUUUUUGUUUUGUGCUAAUAUAUAGACGAAAACGAAUGGUCUAACAGUAAUUAAGAACAUUAUUUAUUAUUUAAUCUGAAUUAUUUACAGGCGAAACCUGAAAACUGUAGAUGAACCAAAAGGGAGAUUUUUUUGUGCAUUGAUUCGGUGUGUAUCAGUUAAAAUGUGUGCCCUCUUCGGAUGGUGAUGUUCAUUUAUUCUUAGAGAUGAAACAGUUGUGUGCUUUCCUUCUUUUGUUUUAUUUUUCGGAACUUUUUAAACUGUAUCCUGAACCAGCGUGAGAUGGGGGUUUCGUUCGCGGUGCCCUGGGCGUCUAGACUGUCCGUUUGGAUGGUCCUGAGAAACAUGCUGCAACUGGUCUGCGCGCGUUGUUUCCGCUUUCUGCCGCGAGAAAUAAUUCAUCAUCCUCAGCUGAUUUCAGUGGCCUCCUUCCCUCACUGUGCCCGCAAACUCAGUAGCGCUUUAGUUGCUGUUUUCAUCAUAUGUUGAUUUUUUUCACCUUGAAAAUGCCGACUUGGCAGGAAAAAAUACGGAGCGUGAAAGCAGGCAGAUGGAAGCUGGGGUGUGCCCUUCGUGAUCACAGUGGCAGCCGUCUGCAUGCACAAGAUUGGCUAUGACGCCUCGGAGGUGUCUGUGGGCUGGUGCUGGAUCAGCCUUAAAGCCUCAGACCAUGUCCUGUGGAUGAUGCUGACUGGAAAGAUCUGGGAGCUCUUGGCCUACCUCAUCCUUCCCGUCAUGUACGUCCUCAUAAAGAAGCACAUCCACGGAGCGCAUGCUGCCCUGUCAGAGUACCGCCCCAUCCUGACCAGCGUUAGGCCGUCUGAUGCGCACACUUCCAUGGCUGACCGAAAGAUGACCCUCAUCCCCAUAAUCUUUAUAGGCCUGCGGAUCUGGAGCACCAUCCGCUUUUUUCUGCUGCUUUUGGGUUCCCCUGCUAGACAGCAUCCCAUGCUGGUCACCUUGCAUGGCAUCGGAAACACUCUGCAAGGAGCUGUAAACUGCACCCUGUUUGUCCUCUUCACCCAGCUGCUGCGUUCCCGGCUGGCUGCUCUGCUCUGCAGCUGCUGCUGCUGCUGGUACACAGCACCUGUGAGCCCGGCCAGUGAAUACUGUGAGAGGUCUAGUGCCUGUGCUUCCUCAGUCAGAGGCAGCAGAGCCCAGGACAUCAGCGGUCCGUCAGUCAACAGUUAAUUCUGAACGAGGGACAAGUUACAAAAGCAUUUUUCUAAUAAAAAAAAAAAAAACUUUUCUGGCUUUUAGGAUCAGCCGUUUCAUAGCAGGCAUGUACUUGCUGUGCUCUCUGGACCCUCCAGCAUGUUACCGUCUCGUGUUUUAAGGAGUACAUCUGUAGAGAUACUCGGAAAUCUUAUUCUUUUUGUAAAAUUGGCACAUGUAAUGUCUGCAGGCUCAGGUGUUUUGGUACCUUUCUUUCAGACUUAGGUGUUACCUAAGAUCUGACUAUUAUUUUUUUUUCCCCUUUAGGUUAAUACUCAAAAAAACAUUGAACAAAUUGGUUUUACUCCCUCACAUACUUAUCUGUUUAUAUAGACAUAUUUUGGGUGAUGUGGAAAACGAUACUUAAUAUGUAAAUAAGCGAUACGCCCACUAAUGUCCUACAACACACACUUACAGGUGUUUCUCGGUCAGCGUAUAUUAUUCACUGUGGACGUUGGAUGUGAGUACGAUCGGAUGUGACUCGAUCAGGCAUAACUUGAUGGAAGACUGUAUUUUACAAGGUUACAGUAACUGUUCGAAGGGCUUAGCUUAUGAAAAGUGAAAUGGAAAGAAAUUCAAAGUGUUUCACACAUGUGAUGUUUCUUUGGUGCUUCCUCUCUGGAUGUUAUUCUUAUGCAACACAUGGUGAGGCAAGAAGAACUUUCAAGCAACAUUGUUUCGAUGAUUUUAUCUAGAAAGUUGUAGUUGUAACGUACUUUAAGUACCGAUACAGGAGGUUGCUUCUGGGCCUUGUUAUGCAUUUCCAGUCAGACGCUGGUGUGAAGUUAGACUAAACGAAUGUGAUCACUUGGGUGACUUGUACAGUGUGCAUACCCAGUUUUGUAUGUAUUUUAUUGGUAUAAUAUUGUUUUUAUAGCUUAUUCUUCUUUCUGUGAAUGCUGCAAUACUGAUGAUUUGUAAUGGAACCAGACCACUUCCAGAAGUAUACUCCAAGAAGACAACA